CUUUCCCCUGGUAAUUUACAUCGUUUGAAAGCUAAAAUUAAACUAAUUCGACUGAAACCAAAAGUAAAUACUGCAAAAUUCUCCUUUUAAAAUGAUGAAGCGCAUUAGGGUGUCCACCGAAGGACUGUCUCGGUUGCAGACUGAGUUGCGGCAAAUGCGUGGAGUCAUCGACAUGCAUCACAGGCAGUGUCACAUGCACACCUUCCAGCAUCAACAGGCACCUCCUGCAACCUCGGACUACUCCAGCCAACCGACCAGCACCACCACAGUGAAAUACCGGGCACACCACAACCCAGAGACAGUGCCACAGAAUACACCAAGGAAAAGGAUCAAAUCCGAUAUGCAGAACCUGGCCGACAUAAUCCUGCAGCAGGCUCAUCGCAUCGAGAAACAGCAGCAGGAGCUGCACAGCCUCAAACUCCACUACGAGCGCCAGGUGUCCGCCAUCAAGAACAAUGCCAAGAUGCUGGAGCAGCAGCUGGAGAAGCUCCAAGGCAAUGUCAACAAGAGCAAGGCCAUGAAGAUGGGCAAUCACUACAAGGAGAUCUUCAGUGCCGUGGAGAAGCUACAGAAAUGUGGACGCAGACCAUUGUUGCUUACCUCCAAAACCUAUCAGAAAAACUAGGAAAAGGAAACUUAACAGAGAGACUAGGAAAAGGAUAAAGACCUACCAGCAGAUCUUUAUCCUUUGUCUAGUUUUUCUGGUGAGUUGUGGAGGAGUAAGUGGAAAUUAUUUAUUUCCAAAUAAAUCUUGGAAUUGUGAUCGUAGUUCCCCCUGGAAACCCCUUCAAAAACAUCUCCCUUAAAGCGUUCCCACAUAAAUCAUUAGGUAAUACACCUAGA